AUUAACUAUUUAACCGCUUAAAAUGGGGCAAACGCCCAACCGAAUCCUUAAACCCAGUUCCGUACAGAUUUUCUCUUCCUCCCUCCAAUGGCUUUCUGAUUACAAUCAGCAUUUUAUUCUCGAAUUCCGAAACACUGAACUCAUUUUUUUCAUCUAAUUUUCCCCCAAUUACGUGACCGAAUUUCACUUUUUAUACCAUAGAUUUCUUUUUAAAUUAUUAAUGGCAGCGAGUGCUACUCCUUCAGGAGCUCACAGCAAUGGCAACAAUCAUAACGGCAGCAGUAACGGCGGCGUUCUAGAAAAUUCGAACGGCGGCGGCGUUUCCGGAGCGGAGAAUUCUGUGGCAGGAUCCGCCCAGACUGCCCUCCGCCACAACCCGGGUCUCUCGCUUGAUUGGACCCCUGAGGAACAAUCCACGCUCGAAGAUUUGCUCACGAAAUAUUCCUCUGAAGACCAGAUUUAUAGGUACUCACAAAUUGCUCAGGCUUUAAACGACAAGACGGUUCGUGAUGUUGCAUUACGUUGCAGAUGGAUGAAUAAAAAGGAAAUUGGCAAGAGAAGGAAAGAUGACCACAGCUCAAGGAAAAAUAAAGACAAAAAGGAAAAGGUUAUAGAUUCAUUGCCAAAAUCUUCUCAAGUUGCAAAUCGCUCCAAUGCGCCUUCUUACGCGCAUUCAGUUAUGUUGGAUAGUGAUGAUGGAAUCUCAUACAAAGCUAUUGGUGGGGCAACUGGACAGCUUCUUGAGCAAAAUGCGCAUGCCUUGGAUAAAAUUUCUGCCAAUUUUUCAGCUUUCAAGAUCCAUGAGAACAUUGAUCUCUUCUAUCAAGCUCGAACCAAUAUCCUUACGAUUUUAAAUGACUUCAAUGACUUGCCAGAGCUAAUGAAGCAGAUGCCACCACUUCCUGUCAAGCUGAAUGAAGAACUUGCAAGCACCGUUCUUGCUCGACCUUCCCUGCCAAAUAAAUCUUGAGAUCCCUUUUUUCUUUUCCUUAGUGUUAACGAUUCUUGCUCCCAAGUCUCAAGUUAGUAUAUUUAUAGCGAAAAAAAUAAAAUUGGGUUAGUCAACUCGACUCUAAAUGGGGGUUCAAGUUUUCAUUGUUUAAAGAUGGUCGCUUUCACAGUUCAAAUGUCCCGUUUUUUGUGGUUUCAUUUGAUUUCCGGUUCUGUUUCAUUUUCGUGAUUUGUCCUAGGAUGUAGGAGUUGCUGUAGUGAGUAUUUUUUCUUGCUGUGUAAAUAAAUGUAGGGGGGAAAGUGUAGUUAAAAAGUCUUAUUGCUGUGGAUGCUGCCAUUAUAAUGUACUACAGGCAUAUCUGUGUGUAGAAUACAUUCUUUUAAUAAUUAUCACUGUAUAUGACAAAUUAUUAUUAUUAUUACUAUUGUUUUUUUUUUUAUUAU